UUAUAAUUUAUAACCUCUCUUAUUGUCAUUAUUUUAAAUCUGAUUUCGUUCUACUGUACGCUUUUUAAAAACCGCAAUAUGUGUAUUUUAAAACAAUAAGAACACUACUUACUGUGACAAUUAUUUUUUUGUGGUCUGUAGCACUAGUUAUUAGUGCAAAAUAUUACUUCCUGCAUAAAACACAUUCUAUAACCUAUAAACUUCAUUAUGAACUUUUCUCGAAUAAAUUACUCGAAUGUGGGUGCUAAAACCACUGACCAGUGGAAAAUUGCCAACAAAAAGAUAAACAACAAAAUCAAAGGUACCAUAUUUGAGAAAUGGGUGCAAUAUUGGAAACAAAUCGCCAAGGACUAUUCCGAGGUUACAGUGUCACUAAGGCACGAGAUGAAGGAAAAACCUCUCAAAUCAGUAUUUUACAUAAGCGGACUUGGGUUAUUGGGAUGCUUGGCAACACAUAAUCCAAACUUACAAAGUUUUCGAGCCAGAUACAUACAAUGUGCCAACGACCUUGCAUUAGUCAAUUCAAGUUUAGCAAACCCCGAUUCAGUAGAACAUUUGAAGUACAUCGAUAGGUGUUUCAAUGCUAAUUUAAUACGUUACACGAAUUUAGGAAUUGCUUCUAUAAUAUGGGUGGAUAAUUUCAGCAGUGAAUGCAAUACAUAUGAAAGUAACUGUUCAUAUCUAAAGGUGCCAUAUAGAAAAUUUACCGACCACAUUUUAGAUGUAGGAUUUUUAAAUGUGUGGUGGGUUAUAUCACGAAAAAUGUUGGACUAUGAUAUUAAUUACUAGAAUACUUUAAUGAAGCCCGAUUUAUAUAUUUAUUGUUAUCAAUGUAAAUAAAAAAACUUACCUUAAACUCA